CCUGCAAGGUCGUAGGAAGCUCAUAGAGAAGCCGCCUGCCUCUAUACAUACAAAUAUGAUCUCACUGCAUUGGAAGGAAAACUAUACAACUGAUCAUAUUGGUUACUGUGAUAUGUCUCACUCUGACGAUCUUUCAAGCUUUGAGCUCUCAGAAUUCUUGAAGUUUGAUGAGUGGAUUGAGGAAGAUGAUCAACUAUCUGUGUUUCCUGCAGCUAAUUCUAGCCAAACUCCUGUUUACCGAGCUCACGUAAUCGGUGAAUCAGGCGUAGCCGCUAGCUCCCACGAAGGUCCUAGUAUCGAAGAGGGCAGGGAAAUGAAGGAAGUUAAAGAAAGGGUGGCAUUCAAGACAAAAUCAGAAGUUGAGAUACUUGAUGAUGGGUUCAAAUGGAGGAAGUAUGGCAAGAAGAUGGUCAAGAAUAGCCCCAACCCAAGAAAUUACUAUCGGUGCUGGGUGGAAGGCUGCCCUGUGAAGAAGAGAGUAGAAAGAGAUAGAGAGGAGCAAGAAUAUGUAAUAACAACCUACGAGGGUGUCCACAAUCACCCAACUUCUUCUUAAGCUAUUCAACUUCUUACGUAGGAUAAGGUUGCUAUCAGUUCAUUGGUCGUCUCCAGCAUUGCACAACCCCACUCUCGCUUUCUUAAAGCUUAAUCUUGCAAUUCUAUUGUGUUGUCUUCGGUCGGAUUCUAAUUUGCAUCGAAUUGGUUCACUGAAAAUUAAAGAAAUUUAAGCGAGUAUUUAUUUUAAAUCAAAGUCUCGAUCUCACUUAAAAAUAAAAAUGUUUGGCAGUUAGAUAAUAUAAUUAUUAUUUCUUUUUAAUUCUUGUAAACACAAUUAGUCAUUAAAGACUAAUUCAGUUUGUUUGUAAAUAUACCAUAUUUAUAUACUAAGUGAUGUUGCUUUAACUUUUUGGAACAUGUUU